AUAAGAAAAACCCAGAAUUCUGAUACGAAGAAGGGGAAACUGACAUAAAUGCUAUUGCUGCAAUCUGCUUCUGUCAUAUGUUAUUCUUCAAUGUUAGUGAGAACAUCUUUAGAUUAGCAAGUGAAUUAAAAGUGUGUCUUGGUCAUUUAUUCCAAGACCAGUCUAAAUAUGGCAAUGAAAAGGAUAAUUAUCUUAUCCAUUUUAUUUACACAAUCAUUAUGUGCACCCAAUGGUUGCAUAGAAAGCUGUACUACUACUUAUCGAAAAGUCAAUUCUUAUAGAACUCAUCAAGUAUCUAGUAAUCUUAAUGAUCAUGCAGAUUUGGUAACAGAUUCAAAUAUAAGAAACAUAAAUCAUUUAAAUCUUGAUUACAAUAGACCUGGUAACUGGACAGAACAAAAUGAGUAUAAAACAGAUGGUGGUCAUGGUAAAGUUUACGAAGAGCAAGGACAAUAUGUUGAAGGUUCAAAGCGUGUAAGAUAUUUUAAAAAGAAUUAUACUUCUUCAUAUUCUAAUACUCAUGUAAAUAAUCCAGAUUUAAUACAGUCAGAAAGAUUAAUCAAUCAAAAUAGAUACAAUUCUAUGCAUAAUACUGACAGUCAAAGAAUAUAUGAGCAAUCAAGAAAUUCAGAAUCAUAUAAACAAGAACAUAAUUAUAAUACAUUACAUAAUGAUAAGUUAGAACAAUCGUACAGAGGAAGAGAAAGUCAUAAUGAAAGACAUGAGAUUUUUGGAGAAUUAAGUGAUAAUUUACAAGUGAGUCAACAUGGAAUGUCUGGUGGUGAUUCAGAAUUGUUACAAGGUCAAAAUCGACAUAUUGAAAUAAGACCUGGCAAUUGGUCUCAAGUUAAUACAUAUAGAACUGAUGGAGGACAUGGACGUGUUUUUGAAGAGGAGGGACAAUAUGUUACUGGUCCAAAAACAACUCGUUAUUACCAACAAAAUUAUACUUCUCAAUAUAGUACAAGCACCAAUCCUAAACAUGAGAUUGCUUCAAAUAUACAUGAUUUGCAAAAUACAAUACAAAAAGUAAAUCAGGAAUUCAAAAAUCUGGAAACAGAAAUUCAUCGAUCAUCUCAUUCCAAACAUAUGGCAUCAAGUAACACUUUGCAUACAGGUACCAUGAAUUUAAUUCAAGACAAUGUAACACCUAGUUAUAAAAAUAAUGAUCUACAAGUUGCUGAAAGUGCUGAUUAUAGACAUAGAGAUCAAAAUGAGUAUAUGCCUACUAUUGGAAUAAUAUAUAAUGUACCUCAAAAUCAAUUGCCAAAUAGACAAACUCUUACUGCUGAGGAUGCAUUAUACAGAAAUCAAGACAAUGUAUAUAAUAGAAAUAUACCAAAUAUUCAACACCAAAGAGAAGAAACAUAUAUUUCUCAAUCUCAUACAAAUGUUUUACCCAGUCAUAUUCAACCUCAAAUUAGUGAAAAUAGUAAUUAUCAAAGAGAACAUUUUGAUACACGCCAAUCACAAAUGAGACAAAAUUAUCAAUCUGUAGAUAAUGUACAACAUGGUAGAUUGAAUGAAAACAUUGAUAAUUAUCCAUAUACAAGAGACCAAAGAAUACAACAUCAACAAGGUUGGGAUGCUAUGGGACAAAGAAGUGAAAUUGUUAAUACUAAUCCAUAUGACAGAAAUCAUUAUUCUUCACAUCACAGAAGUAGGGCAUACAACAUGGAAGUUGUUCGUACAGUAGGUAAUAAUUACAAUCCAGGCUAUACAGCACAUUCACAACAGGUAGUUACUGGCACACAUGGGAUUGAUCCAGGAAUGCAAUAUGAAGAUUGUACUCAUGAAAUGGAGCAAAGUCAACAUAGAUAUAACAGAAAAUAUAAACGUAAUGCAGACUAUCAUCGACAUAGUGACAGUCAGCAACAACAGCAAUAUGGCAGAUUUCCCAAAAAUCCUAAACAUUAUCAACCAGAAAAACUGGCAUAUAGUGAUAAUGAACUUCAAUUGUUACAACAACAAAAUCAAGAUUUAACUCAACAGAGUGAAGACUUGACACAACAAACAAGUGGAUUUGAUGACUUAACACAACAGACUUCGGGACAUUUAGAAUUUGGACAACAGACACAGAAUCAUAGAUAUCCUAGUAGUCAAAAAUAUGAAGAUUUGACUCAACAAAACGAAGAUUUAACUCAACAAACAGGUGGAUUUGAUGAUUUAACACAACAGACUUCGGGACAUUUGGAAUUUGGACAACAAACACAGAAUCAUAGAUAUCCUAAUAAUCAAAAAUAUGAAGAUUUGACUCAACAAAAUGAAGAUUUAACUCAACAAACAGGUGGAUUUGAUGAUUUAACACAACAGACUUCGGGACAUUUGGAAUUUGGACAACAAACACAGAAUCACAGAUAUCCCAGUAGUUCAAAUCAAAAAUAUGAAGAUCUAACUCAACAGAGUGACGAUCUAACUCAACAAACAGGUGGAUUUGAUGAUUUAACACAACAAACUUCAGGACAUUUAGAAUUCGGCCAACAAACACAACAGGUACAGAAUCAUAGAAAUCGCAGUAGACAUAAUCAACAUAUUGAAGAUUUAACUCAACAGAGUGAUGAUCUUACUCAACAAACAGGUGGAUUUGAUGAUUUAACACAACAGACUUCAGGACAUUUAGAAUUUGGACAGCAGACACAGAAUCACAGAAAUCCGAAUAGUUUAAGUCAAAAAUAUGAAGAUUUAACUCAACAAACAGGUGGAUUUGACGAUUUAACACAACAAACUUCGGGACAUUUAGAAUUCGGCCAACAAACACAACAGGUACAGAAUCAUAGAAAUCGCAGUAGACAUAAUCAACAUAUUGAAGAUUUAACUCAACAGAGUGACGAUCUAACUCAACAAACAGGUGGAUUUGAUGAUUUAACGCAACAAACUUCAGGACAUUUAGAAUUCGGCCAACAGACACAACAGACACAGAAUCGCAGAAAUCGCAGUAGACAUAAUCAACGUGUUGAAGAUUUAACUCAACAGAGUGAUGAUCUUACUCAACAAACAGGUGGAUUUGAUGAUUUAACACAACAGACUUCAGGACAUUUAGAAUUUGGACAGCAGACACAAAAUCACAGAAAUCCGAAUAGUUUAAGUCAAAAAUAUGAAGAUUUAACUCAACAAACAGGUGGAUUUGACGAUUUAACACAACAAACUUCGGGACAUUUAGAAUUCGGCCAACAAACACAACAGGUACAGAAUCAUAGAAAUCGCAGUAGACAUAAUCAACAUAUUGAAGAUUUAACUCAACAGAAUGACGAUCUAACUCAACAAACAGGUGGAUUUGAUGAUUUAACGCAACAAACUUCAGGACAUUUAGAAUUCGGCCAACAGACACAACAGGUACAGAAUCAUAGAAAUCGCAGUAGACAUAAUCAACGUGUUGAAGAUUUAACUCAACAGAGUGAUGAUCUAACUCAACAAACAGGUGGAUUUGAUGAUUUAACACAACAGACUUCGGGACAUUUGGAAUUUGGACAGCAGACACAGAAUCACAGAAAUCCAAGUAGUUUAAGUCAAAAGCAUGAAGAUUUAACUCAACAAACAGGUGGAUUUGAUGAUUUAACGCAACAAACAUCAGGACAUUUAGAAUUUGGACAACAGACACAGAAUCAAAGAUACCCCAGUAAUUCAAAUCAAAAAUAUGAAGAUUUAACUCAACAAAGCGAUGAUCUAACUCAACAAACAGGUGGAUUUGACGAUUUAACACAACAAACUUCGGGACACUUAGAAUUUGGGCAACAGACACAACAGACACAGAAUCGCAGAAAUCGCAGUAGAUAUAAUCAACAUAUUGAAGAUUUAACUCAACAGAGUGAUGAUCUAACUCAACAAACAGGUGGAUUUGAUGAUUUAACACAACAAACUUCGGGACACUUAGAAUUUGGGCAACAGACACAACAGACACAGAAUCGCAGAAACCACAGUAGACAUAAUCAACAUAUUGAAGAUUUAACUCAACAGAGUGAUGAUCUUACUCAACAAACAGGUGGAUUUGAUGAUUUAACACAACAGACUUCGGGACAUUUGGAAUUUGGACAGCAGACACAAAAUCACAGAAAUCCGAAUAGUUUAAGUCAAAAAUAUGAAGAUUUAACUCAACAAACAGGUGGAUUUGAUGAUUUUACGCAAGAAACUUCGGGACAUUUAGAAUUUGGGCAACAGACACAACAGGUACAGAAUCAUAGAAAUCGCAAUAGAGAUAAUCAACAUACAGAUGAUUUAACACAACAGACCUCGGGACAUUUAGAAUUUGGUCAGCAACAUCAAAAACCAAGUAGUCAUAAUAAGCGUUUUGAAGAUUUUACUGAUUGGAGUAAUAAUCCAACUCAAACAAGUGGAUAUGAUGAUUUGAUACAACAAACUUUUGGAAAUUUAGAAUUUGGACAACAGUUACAGAACCAAAGAUAUUCUACCAGCCAUAAUCAGCAAUUUACAGGUGAACAAUAUUUCCAUCCAAGUGUAUCUGGAACUGGAGAACAAUCAGAUCUGAAUGAAAAUAAACCUUUACAUUUACUGACACCAGCACCAAAACCGAGAUGGAAGCCAAGAUAUACAACUUCUAAUCAAUUCAUAACUGAUAACAAUAAAGAAUCAAAUGUACAUAUUCAUCAUUCAAGUGAUGUUGCUGAUACAACUAUUUCAUAUCAAGUAUCAGAUGAUUCAAAAUCUAAUCAAGAAAUUGAAAGAAAUAAUGAGUUUAACUCUGGAAAUCUUCAAUCUUCAAAUCAGCAAGAAGUCUCAAAUCAGCCAAAUAUUCAAACAGUCGAUAAAGAUGGAAGUCAGCAACAUCAACAACAAAAUUUCCACAAAAGAAUUGGGUUCACUAAAGGCGGACAUAGAUUUAGACAUAUUUAUAGGCAAUCAACACAAAGUGAAUAUCAAAAUAAUUAUGGAGAAUCUCAAUCUCAAUUAAAUCAAGAUCCUAAUCGAGAAGAAAUGUAUAAGAAAGAAAAUCAAAACAAUAAUCAAGAGAAUGUCCCUUCUCAAAACAAUAAUCCAGGUGGUAAAAUAGAACCACGUAUUUUAGUAGCAUAUGGUGGUGGCCCAUAUGAUGCUAAUCAUAGUGAUGAUAUUUUUAAUCAUGUAACACAAAAUCCUAGUGCUACGUUACCUCCUUAUUCAGAUGGUGUAGAUUCAUGGGAUAUUAGAGAGAAACCAAGAGAAGUAAUUCCUCUGUCUACUACGACUACAGUAAUACCAGAAAUACCAGAAACACCAGAAAUAACAGAAAAAGUUGAUACCGAAGCACCACCAACAUUCUGGACAAGACUCGGUCAUAAAUUUACAACUAGUUUUGAUAAAGCAAAAGAAAAAGCUAAAGAUCUAUUUGGUUAAAUAUAAUUUUUUAAUUUAAUUCAUUUUUAAUCUAUAUCCUAUAAAGAAUUAUAAUAUAUAUGUUUUAUUUACCACAGAUAAUAUAUUCAA